GAUCGCGAGGAUGGGGGUGACCGCGUCCGGAGCCCUCCUCUUGCGGCUGUCGGCUGCCCUGGUCUUGACCCAGACCUGGGCAGGCUCCCACUCCCUGCGGUAUUUCUCCACCGCCGUGUCCCGGCCAGGCCACGGGGCCCCCCGGUACAUCGCUGUCGGCUACGUGGACGACACGCAGUUCGUGCGGUUCGACAGCUACGCGGAGAACCUGAGGAUGGAACCGCGGGCGCCGUGGGCAGAGCGGGAGGGGCCGGAGUAUUGGGAGGAGGAGACCCAGCGCGUCAAGGACCUUGCACAGAUUGAGCGAGUGUGCCCAGACAUCGUGCGCGGCUACUACAACCAGAGCAACGGCGGGUCUCACACCUACCAGAGGAUGUAUGGCUGCGACGUGGCGCCGGACGGACACCUUCUUCGCGGGUACUAUCAGGACGCCUACGAUGGCGCCGACUACAGGGCCCUGAACGAGGACCUGCGCUCCUGGACCGCGGCGGACACAACGGCUCAGAUCACCCAGCGCAAGUGGGAGGCAGAGGGUGCGGCGGAGCGUUAUGCGGAGCACUGGAGGGUCUACCUGGAGGGCAGGUGCGUGGAGUCGCUGCGCAGACACCUGGAGUACGGGAAGGACACGCUGCAGAGCGCGGAUCCCCCAAAGACUCGUGUGACCCACCACCCCGCUUCUGACCGUGAGGCCACCCUGAGGUGUUGGGCCCUGGGCUUCUACCCUGCAGAGAUCACGCUAACCUGGCAACGGGAUGGGGAGGACCAGACCCAGGACACAGAGCUUAUAGAGACCAGGCCUUCCGGAGACAACAGAACCUUCCAGAAGUGGGCUGCUGUGGUGGUGCCUUCUGGAGAGGAGCAGAAUUAUAUAUGCCAUGUGCAGCAUGAGGGGCUGCAGGAGCCCCUCACCCUGAGAUGGGAGCCAUCUUCCCAGCCCAGCAUCCCCAUGGUGGGCAUCAUUGCUGGCCUGGUUCUCCUUGGAACUGUGCUCAUUGGAGCUGUGGUUGCUGCUGUGAUGUGGAGGAAGAAGAGUUCAGGUGGAAAAGGAGGGAGCUACACUCAGGCUGGAAGCGGUGACAGUGCCCAGGCAUCAGAUAUGUCUCUCACAACUUAUAAAGGUGAGACCUAG